UCUGACGGCGGGAAAACGAGCGGCGUCGAGCCGAAAUUCGUAGCGGCGCGUUGAUAGGAAAAAGGCUGCAGGGUUAUGCGUGGCAGCAGCUCGGAGCUUCUGCUUGACUCGAGUGCAGCUCGCGAGAGUGAAAAGUACGAUAUUCAGCAGCAAGAACUACGACGUCGCAAGCUGUUUGAGCUCGGUUUCGGGGCGUCGCGGCGCCGACCGCCUCGGCGAACCUGCCGUCAGCGGUUCAACUUUUACGCAACCUCGGCUCUGGCCCUCGUGGCGACUUCCGGUGGAGCCGCCCUCCUCUUCCUCGUCCCCCUCUACGUCGAUCCUGCGAUCAGCACCCUCGCCGCCGACUUUUCACCCCAUCCGGUAACCUGCACGACCUCCCGACGCGAGGACCUCGCCGGCCUUUUCAACUGCUCCUGGAGCUCCUGCCGCGAGGGCUGCACCAGCGACGUCUACAGGUGCACCCACAUCUACGUCACCUACACACCCUGGACCAAUUCCUCCGGGAAUUAUUCCGCCGAGGAGAUCGACGCGGGCACUUCGCCACCCCUCGACCUCGGAACGACAACCACGGAUCUGGUCGGCGAGGUUGAGGCGAUACUGAUGGUCAACAUAAAGGGAUGCGGCUACCCGCCCAUAGUCGACUGCGAAAACUUCACCAAAGAGCUCGGCUUCGAGGGAUCGAGAUUUCCCUGCCACUACAGUCGCGUUAACGGGAGUAUAGUGAUGGCCGACUACAACCGCGAGGCCCAAAUCGCGACGAUUAUGCACUUCUUCGCCGCACCAUUCGUAGUGACUUUGGCCACCAGUGUUGCUCUUUGUGUUAUGCAUUGUGACUGCAGAUGUGCCGCACCUCCGAGACAUCCUCAGAGAACGAUGCGGAGGCCCAGGAUCGACGAUCUCAGCGAUCAUUCGAUAAGCAACAGGGUCGAUCGACGGGGUCACGUGCCCCACUGCGAAUGCGGGGACGUCACGAGGCCCUUAUGACGUCACGAGGAGACGGCGGAAAGCGUCCUGCCGACCUCGCAGUCAGACCUCUAAGACGAGGUCCAAGGACCUCCACCCCGUCCUUUCCGCCUCUCUAGGAUUCCACCGACGUUUCUACGUACAUACGGAGAAUUUCACCUGCCCGCGUCGACGCCUGUACGAUUGAAGAUUUUUCGUUUCCGGUUUGUUUUACUAACGUUAAUUGUAAUACACUUGCCUUUUCCUAUAUAAUUUUGCCAGUCG